ACGUCCACAUGGCAGUAACUGCUACCGUCUAGCAGUGGUCGUCGCUUGAAGGUAUAUUACAUUAGUACCUAGAUUGGAAGCGCUUAAAACUACGUACAAUGGGAAAGACCAAGAAUCCGAAAUAUAAACGUGCGCAGUUCUCUCCUGACGGGCUCACUGUGAGCGCCGUCAAAGACCUCGUUGCAGAAGAGGACGAUGUGGGGGACUGUCCGGCAGUCGAGCUACUGGAGAAGCUGCACAGCCCCUGCGCGGACAUGCGCGAGUAUGCGUGUGCUAGCAUCUCGCGGAUGGUGCAGCAGAGCAAGUCCAUUCCGGGCCUCCUGCAGAGACACGCGGUGCGGAGGAUCGGUCCGCUCAUGCUGGACAACAGCCUCGCGGUCAGAGAGACCGCUGCCGGGGCACUCAGGAACUUGAGUGUGUGUGGAGGCCUGGAAGUGUGUGAGGUCAUGGUUCAGCAGGAUGUACUCACUCCUCUGAGUGCUCUACUGAAGGAGUGCUGUGUGGGGUUCCAGACCAACUCCACCCCCAUGAAAAAGGAACCGAAGCACACUGUUGAAGAUGUAGCAAACGAGGCUGUGAACUUACUCUGGAAUCUCUGUGAGAACAGCAGUACGGCGGUUUCAGUGUUUAAUAAAGCUGCACUUCUGGAUACUCUGCUGCCGUGUCUAGAGAGGCAUCCUCACCACAUUCAGCUUGCUUUAUCAGCAGCCCACUGUCUGCACACAGUGACCGAGGAGAACACGGAACUGGCUGUUAGCGUGACCAGCCCGGUUCUGGCGGUUCUGGAAAACAUGCUGCUGUCCACUGAGCCCGACAUGGAGCACAUAUUGCUGCGCACGCUGGCCGCAGGGUCAGUGUGGAACCUGAAGAGCUGUUUGUCCCCUGCCCACCAGCCCGACGCCCUGUCAGCCGUGGUGGCCGCCUUGGCCCACUGCCUCGGCCUGGACUUCGGCACAGUGGCGUCGGAGCUGUGGCAGACCCAGGCAGCAAGGACGGCCGACGGCCCAGCCGCCACCGAGGAGCACCCAGCAGGGGGCGCUGUGGAGGAAGCGGAGGACAUGUGCGAAUUAGGCGAGGAGGCAAGGGCGAACAGACGAAAGGGGAGCCAGAAGUGCACGUGGACAGAUAAAGACAUCUCUGACUUCCUGCCUAGGGACAGACUGGAGUUGAGGGGGGCCCUGGCACUCCUGACGGCGCAGCAAACCUCACUGGAGAUCAUUGUCAACAUGUGCUGUUCAGACGAGCCCUCUGAUGAUGAGUGGGAGGAACUGUCGAGCAGUGAUGAGAGUGAGAUGUGUGCUGACAGCUGUACAGUGGAUGAGAACACCAGUCUGCUGUCACCCCUCUGCCUCUCUGCUGAGCUCCAUACCAUGCUGCUUAACUACAACAUACCCCAGCAGGUUCUGAAGAGGGCGGAGUUUCCCAGCCCCGUUGCUCUGGAGAUCUGCAGUAAGGACUCAACAUGGAGGUGUCUCAUCAAAAAGAUGCACCGGGUGCAGUGCCGCGCAUUGACGUGUCUCCAUAACAUCCUGGCUGCCAUGGAUACGGAGUGUCUGGGCGGGGCUGCGGGGCUUCAGGUCGUGGCUCAGCGCCUCUCCUGGCUGGUCUUCAGCUUAGCAGACGUCACGAAGGAUGAAGAGUUUUUGGAGGCAGUGACCAGUGCUAUGCGCUCUCUGCUGCAAAUAAUGGCUUCCAAAAAUAUCCCUCCGUGUAUGAACCCACAGCAGUUGCUGAGUGUGUGUGAGGCUGCGACUAGCUGCGACCUGGUCAGCGUGAGGGUGAAUGCUCUUGCCAUUGUGGGCAUCACAGGAAGCACACUGGCCAAAGAGGCGGGCUCCGCCCACACCCUGCAGUUGAUGGGGAGAGUGCUACUGCACGUGGCGUCCAGGGACUGUAAUCUGGUGGUGUGUGGCGAGGCACUGGACGCGCUGCUGGACGUGUUUGCUGAUGGGGAAGAGGCAGAGCGAGCAGCACACGACAUCGGUCUACUCGCUGCUCUCAAAGCCCUGCAGCCUGCCUUCAAGGCCAAGAUCCGUAAGGAAGGCCGCGCAAAGCACCGCCCCGAUCAGCUCUGUGUUCUGGACAACGUCAGAAUUAACCUGAGGAGGUUCAUCGGUUAUCUGGAAUCGAUGCAGAAGAAGUGAGACUGGAUGACCUCGUCCCUCUGCACACCUUCCUCUUCCAUGCAUGUGCCUGCAUUUAGAGCAGGACCCUUGCACCAGUGCUGGACGCAACAGGACUGAAACUUUAACUUGACCUUCCGUAGCACCAAUCAGGCAUUUCUAAAACUGGCAGGCCAGUUUUGGUUGCUCUGGCAACAUGGGUGUUAGGCCAGUGGUUCUAAAUAUACUCCGCAUUCAGAGCUAAAAUCACUGCUCGAGGUGCUGUUGACGUCACGCUUGCUUAAAACUGUUGUUCUGUGCUUUUGUAAAAUAUUUCAUAAGGAAAUUUUUUAUAAGGCACAUUUUUGUUUUAGUUUUUAAGAAUUGAUCCAAGUGCAUUGUACCCAUGGGUCGUGCAUAUAUUUUCUUUUAAUAUACUGCAAAACUUGAUAUUUUCAAUGUUAUAGCUGUGUUUGUGCAGCUCAAGGGCUGGUCAAUAGAGGGCAGUAGGGAGUUUGGGAAAUAAUAAGCCACAUACAGCUUGGCUGUGUAACAGAGGAUCACUGGGAAAAUGCUAAACAUGUCUAGCUUACUUUUUUUUUUUUUUUUUUUUUUUUUUUUUUUUUUUUGGUAUAUGCUCUUUUUGGGUUGAUCUAAUCCACUGUUGGUUUUAAGAUCCGUCAGGUACCUAGUGGAUCUUGGACCAAGACUCCUAGCCAGGUUCAGCUGUGGCAGUGUUUUGACAAUAUCUGAUUGGAGCUUGAACAUCAAAUUGCAAAAUAUGUACUUAAAGUGGCCCUUUGGUUAUGUUUGACAGGAUGUGCAAGUGUGAAAUGUGUAGUUAAAGAAUAUCUCUGGGACAAAUAUCAUUUCAGAAGACUGAUUGCUACGACACCAUGGGGGGGGAGGGGGAGGGUGAGGGUGAGUGUGAGUGUGUGUAGGUCUGAAAUACAGGCAAGAUAGAACCGAUACGUUCUCAGGAUUCGUAAGAUAUGGACCCCAUUCUGAUUCUGACGUUCUGUUCACGUCCGUUAUGUAGAGUGUACUGUGCAUUUAAGAAAAUGUUUGAGUGCUUUCAUAGAUUCAUACAUUUCUUCAUAGAUUUCUUUUUAAAAUGUAAUUAUGAUUUAUUAUUCUUGUAUAUAUUUAGUGAUGAGCUGGGACUAAACAUUAGUCAAAAGGUAAAAAAUGACAUCACAAUUUUAAGAAGUACCAUUCAAUUAAAAACAAACCUGUGUAUCCUCUAUAAACUAGUUUGGUUUCCUCUAUAAACUCUUUGAUUUCUAAAAGAUUUGUUUUAUGAGUGUAUGAAAAAAAUAUUACAGGGGAAAUUGUUUGUGAAAUAUUCUAGUGCUAUAUUUAAUUAAAGGGUGAGUUUUUGAAAAAGACUGAGCAGCUUGUGAUUAUAGUCCAGCAGACCAUUGGAUUAAUGACCUAUACACGACCGAGUAAAUGCACAGCACGUUUUUAGUUGUUCUGGCUAUGUUCUACAGGACAGGAUUUGGAAUAAAACUAUUAGGAUAAGGUGUCUCAUUCAUUCCGUUUG